GGCCAGCUCAACCUACUGCCAAGCAAGACCUGACAGGCACAAGGGAAGGUGCAAUCAUGAAGAGCUUCUUCCUAGUUGUGACUAUCCUGGCAUUAACUCUACCUUUUUUGGGUGCAGAGGUGCAAAACCAGGAACAACCAACAUGCUGUGAGAAGGUGGAAAGAUUGCUCAAUGAAAAAACAGUCAAAUAUUUCCCAAUUCAGUUCGUGCAGAGUAGAUAUCCUAGUUAUGGAAUCAAUUACUACCAACACAGACUAGCUGUACCAAUUAAUAACCAAUUUAUUCCUUACCCAAAUUAUGCAAAGCCAGUUGCAAUUAGACUACAUGCUCAAAUUCCUCAGUGCCAAGCCCUGCCAAAUAUCGACCCACCUACUGUGGAACGUCGGCCACGCCCACGUCCAUCAUUUAUUGCCAUUCCCCCAAAGAAAACCCAGGAUAAAACAGUCAACCCUGCCAUCAAUACUGUUGCUACUGUUGAGCCUCCAGUUAUACCUACCGCCGAACCAGCAGUGAACACUGUAGUUAUUGCAGAAGCUUCCUCAGAAUUCAUCACCACAAGCACACCCGAGACCACCACAGUCCAAAUUACUUCGACUGAGAUCUAAAAACUAAGGAAACAGCAAAGAAGACAACACAGGUCUUGCUGAAACCAAACGACCAGUUCAAACUCUCCUUUGGCCAGCUGUCUGCCUUCAGUCAAGAGAGAAUAUGAUUUUCACAGAUUCAGCUCCUUUCUCUUCUCCCCUUACAUUUUACAUUCAUGCCACAUUUAAUUUUUUGAUCUUGCAUAAUAAAGCUAAUUGAAUGCAA